CAUGCUGUGUGAAUCCUGAAUCACUUCCAAAUAAACAAGAGCUAUAUGCAACGAGUGGAAUAACACAGCCCACAUGUAUGUAGUUGGUUGUUAUUUAAUGCAUAGGCUGGAUGAUGACGUGAUGCUGUGGGACUGUGAUGCAGUUGCAGUGCAUUGACCAGCGGGCGGCUACAGUAGCUGUCUCUCUCUCUCUCAAGGCAACAUUGGAUAGAAGCCAGCCUCAACGCAUCCCACAGAACUGCCAGAUCCAAGUGUGUAUGCAUGUGCACACGCCUGCGCAUAUGUGUGUGCGUGCCAUCCUCCCCUCCUCCUUCCUGCCGGCAUCAUCCCUCGCUCUCCAUCAGGGAUGGUGAGGGAAUGUUUAUGGUAAGUGCGAGGAAUCAAACAUCUCUUGCUUCAAAAUCUCUCCUCUAACAUGCAGUAGCUCCCUCCCGUUCCUCCUUUUUACAUGUUUUUCCCUCCUGGUGAUCUGCCGUCUGUAUUGCUGAGGAUCCAGCCGUCUGUGCAGACUGCAAGCGGCUCGGUUCUAAGGGGGUUCAAACAUCUGCAUGGAAUUCAGGGCAUGACAACAUGCAUCCCUUGUCGUUUCAGAGCAUGUGCUGUGAAUCACACAGAAUGAUGGAGGACCAACAGCUCCCUGGAUAAACCCUGCAGACUAAAACAACAUCACAACUCAAACCAUGCACUUAAGGUGGGUGGAAAGAUGUAGCUGAGGAACAAACGGAAACCAAUCUUGACCGUUCACAAACUCCGGUCAUCCCUGAAAGGGGCGUGGCCUGCGGAGUACCGCCCAACAUGUCCAAGAAACCCCCCAGUGGGCGGGGCAAAGGGGAGCGGCAUGAUGCCAUGGCAGCACUGCAGGCAGCCAAUGAGGAGUUGAGGGCCAAACUCACCGAAAUCCAAAUUGAACUGCAGCAGGAGAAAACCAAGGUCAGUAAGCUGGAAAGGGAGAAGUCUCAGGAGGUCCGUCACGAGCAGCACAAGUCCACGGUGGUGGUGACUGAGUUAAAAGCCAAGCUACAUGAGGAGAAACUUCGGGAGCUCCACAGCGUUCGGGAAACACUCCUGCGUCAGCACGAGUCCGAACUGGUGCGGGUCAUUAAGAUCAAAGACGGAGAGAUCCAGAGGCUCCAGGCGCUCGUCAGUGCUCUCCGAGAUGGAUCCACCGAUAAGGUGAAGUCUGCACUGAUGGUGGAGGUGCGAGAGGAGUGCAGGAGGACUUUCGAAGGGGAGCGCAUGCGACUGCAGAAGGAGAUCUCUGAGCUGAAGCUGGUGAAGAGGCAGAUGGAGGAGGCGUUAAACGUGGCCGUUCAAUCCGACAAGAUCAAAGCCGCCAAGAUCCGCAGCGUCUACCAUCUCCACCAGGAGGAAAUCAACCGCAUCAAGAGAGAGUGUGAAAGAGAGAUCCGCAGACUGAUGGAUGAGAUUAAACUAAAGGAGCGUGCUGUCUGUGGGCUGGAGAGAGAGCUCAGCGCUCAGGCGGGCCAUACGUGGAAACUGCAGCAGCAGAAACAGGCUGUAGACACUCAGCUGGCCCUGCUGCGAGACUCCAGCCCCAGACGAGAGGGCCCUUAUUCACUCGCUGCAGGGGACGCAGCAGAGAACACAGCUAACCCUAUGCAGCAGUUGGAUGAGAAAGACGCUCGACGUUUCCAACUGAAAAUUGCAGAACUGAGUGCUAUUAUCCGCAAACUAGAAGACCGCAACGCACUGCUGUCAGAGGAACGCAAUGAACUGUUAAAGCGUCUCCGUGAAGCUGAGAGCCAGUAUAAGCCAUUACUGGACAAGAAUAGGCGUCUCAGCCGCAAGAAUGAGGAACUGGCUCAUGCACUGAGACACAUGGAGAACAAAGUGCAGUUUGUCACUCAGGAGAACAUCCAAAUGCGAGAGAAGGCCGGGAUGAUUCGCCGGCCCAGUUCUCUGAACGAUCUGGAUCAGAGUCAAGAGGAAAGAGAGAUUGAGUUUCUCAGACUACAAGUGCUGGAACAACAGAACAUAAUCGAUGAUCUGUCCAAGGCGCUGGAAACCGCUGGAUAUGUGAAGAGUGUGAUAGAGAGAGACAUGCUGCUGAGAUACAGGAGACAGGACAGCCUACGCCGGAAGAAGCCCUUCAGAACCUGUAGGCCGGUGGUGGAGACGUUUUUUGGCUAUGAUGAGGAAGGUUCUAUAGACUCGGACGGCUCCUCUAUUUCCUACCUCACAGACCGAACGCCCUGCACGCCAGAAGAUGACCUCGAAGAGGGAAUGCUUAAGGAGGAGACAGAGCUGCGCUUCCGUCAGCUGACGAUGGAGUAUCAGGCUCUUCAGCGAGCUUACGCGCUCCUGCAGGAGCAGGUGGGAGGAACGUUUGAUGCAGAGAAAGAGCUCAAGACUCGAGAGCAGCUUCAGGCUGAACUGAUCCGGUAUCAGACCAGAGUAGCAGAUCUGGAGUGUGCUCUAAGUCAUCAGGGACAGGAUAUGAAGUGGAUUGAGGAGAAACAAGCUUUGUAUAAACGCAACCAAGAGCUUGUAGAAAAGAUUAAAAAUAUGGAGACGGAGGAGACGCGAUUGAAAAAUGAAAUUCAGGAUGCAAAAGACCAAAACGAACUCCUGGAGUUCAGAAUUCUUGAACUUGAAGAAAGAGAGAGAAGAUCUCCAGCCAUAAACUUCCAGAACAUCCACUUUGCUGAGGGCAUGAGUCCCCUGCAGUUGUACUGUGAGGCAGAGGGUGUUACUGACAUUGUGAUCACAGAGCUGAUGAAGAAACUCGAUAUUCUGGGGGAUAACGCCGUAAGUAAUCUGACCAAUGAGGAGCAAGUGGUGGUUAUUCAUGCCAGAACAGUAUUAACAUUAGCAGAGAAGGUAUGUUUUUUUAUUUUCAUUUUUUUUAUGUUCAUUUCUUUCUGUUUUAAUGACUGUUUUAUGUUUUUGUAUUUUGACCUCUCUUGUCUCCAGUGGUUAGAGCAAAUUGAAGUCACCAAAUCAACAUUACAGCAGAAAAUGUUGGACAUCGAAAGUGAAAAGGAGCUCUUUAGCAAACAAAAAGGAUAUUUAGACGAGGAAUUAGACUACAGAAAGCAGUCUUUGGACCAUGCACAUAAGCGCAUCCUUGAGUUGGAGGCCAUGCUGUUUGACGCUUUGCAGCAGGAGGAGACAGGUGGGAAGGUGUCCGAGCUGCUGACCGAGCAGGACCGUGAUUCGCUGAGAGAGGCUGUGGAUCAGUGGAAGAGGCAGGUCUUGAGUGAAUUACGAGAGAGAGAUGCGCAGAUACUCAGAGAGAGGAUGGAACUGCUACAACAUGCUCAAGCGAGGAUAAAAGAGCUGGAAGAAUGGAUAGAGGCCCAGAAGCGACAAAUAAAGGAGCUAGAAGAAAAGUUUUUAUUUUUAUUUUUAUUUUUUUCUUUAGCCUUUAUUCUUUGGUCGUAGCUCUUCCAGAAAGCAGGAAACGGUGCCAUGCGGCUCAGUGGACUCCGCUCACAGGCCUCAAGUGUUCUUCUGUUCCAGAGGAGGGUGGCACAUGUGUCAUCAAAAGUCCCAGCCAUCUCUUCUGCGCUGAUACAAGACUUCAAACUGUUCACAUCAACUCUGGAACAUGGACAUGGAAUAUGGUGCUCUCAUCCUUAUGGACUAAAACUGUUUUUAUCCAACUGACGUUUUGAACUUUGCUUCGUGUGACCUCUGUGCGUGUGGAAUUCAAGGCGCUCUCUCCUUUCCCUGCUAAGCAGGUGGUGCUGGAGGCUGCUUCCCUUUGGAAGCCUGAUGAAAUGAGAGGUGUUACGUUCAAUCCUUCCUCCCACUGUUUACACUCUCUCUGCUUCGGUUCUGGUGGUACAGUGCGUCUGGUGUUUGCGUGGUGGCGCUCGCACGCUCCUGUGCAUUGAAAGAAGUGGAACUGAAAGAUUAAUCCUGGAAUUAGAAUUAUGUCUGGUUUUCUAAUGUACAGGAGCAGUGUUUCAAAUAAAUUUCUAAGAGGAAGACUGAAAAACUGAGA